GUCCUUCCCACCUUGCGAUUCUAUUACCAACACUCUCGCUUCUAUCCUACAACCUCCUUUCAACGAGAACUGUAUUGAUCAAAUUCGAGCGUCUUGUGCAAGACAGUCGCUUCACUCGUUUUUCGCAUGUUAUUGUCUUUGCUGUAAAGCUCUUCUAGCUAAUACACGACACUCUUUGUUCUCUCUUCACGCUCCUUUCAAUGCCUCCCAGGAAAGCUAAAGCUUCUGGCGCCGGCAAGUCGCGGCCGAGUGACGUUCAAGCUGGUGAUCCUGUUCCCGUUCGCGCAAAGCGUCGAUAUCGUCCUGGCACUGUCGCUCUCCGCGAAAUUCGACAAUACCAAAGUGGCACAAAAUUGCUCCUCCGAAAGCUCCCAUUUGCACGCCUUGUUCGAGAAAUCGCAUUGACGAUGCGCCCACGAGACGAGGGCUUGCGCUGGCAGAGCCAAGCCAUCAUGGCUCUCCAAGAAGCUGCUGAAGCCUACAUGGUGCAUCUAUUUGAAGAUACCAACCUAUGCGCAAUCCACGCCAAGCGUGUCACAAUCAUGCAGAAGGACAUUCAACUAGCAAGGAGGAUACGCGGUAUCUGGGGUGGUUUGGGUUAGAGACUGGAUUUGUGGAAACAAAAUGUGAAAAACUAAAAAAGAGUCAAGGAUCUGGAUGGGUACUCACGAGACUUUGGUUUGGGACUAUGGAUGGCGUCGGGGCGCUUCGAGAUAUACCUGCUGGCCUUUUGUGUUGGCUGAUUUACUUUGCUUUCUUCCUUCCUACUUUGAGAGUUUCAUUGGCUUCGAUACACGAAGCUGGGAGAAAAGGCUUUUUCUGUAAAUGUAAUAUUUGCGGUCAAUCAAU